UAGAGAGCUCGGUCUGUAAGUUCCGCCUUGAGCUUUCCGCCUGCACCGCCGAGGUGGCAGACGCGGGAACCUGCAGGCAGGCGAGAAGAUGGGCGAGACUCGCACGCCGCCCGUGAGCCAGCGUGGCACCGCUGUGAUCUCUAAUCGCGCUCCUUGGUGCUUCCCCUUAGUGGACUUGUGUCCCGCUUCCAUUGUAAAGGAACGACCCGUGCGAGCCAGAAGCUAGUGGACAUCCCAGAGGAGUUCCCCGAGGAAUCCCGUUACCUGUCAGGUGACAUCAGCAUGACCUCGUGCACUGUCACUCUGGGAUGAGGAUGCGGGGGCCAUAUGGGCAUGAUUAAUGUGGAUGUUUUAAAUUCAAGAGUUAAACGUCCUCUCUCGGAUGACCGAGAAGCUAGACAUUGUGGCGUAGGGCUCCUCAGUUUCCAGUCUUCUAAGUAGUCAAAAUCAAAUCCAUAAUUGCAGAGACUAGCAAGGAAUGUCCACAAAAGUCUGAAAAGAGGGAAAAAAAAUGGUUUGUGCUCAACAGGCGACGAGGAACUGAGCUUAUUGAGUCUGAUCUCAAUUCUAAAUCAGUUACAACUAGGCUCUUUCUCAAGGUACUGUCCAAGAAGCUGGAACACUAUUAUCCAGUAAGAAUGUUCGUGUCAACUGUUUGGAUGAGAAUGGAAUGACUCCUCUAAUGCAUGCAGCAUACAAAGGAAAGCUUGAUAUGUGCAAAUUACUUCUGCGCCACGGAGCUGAUGUCAACUGCCAUCAACAUGAACAUGGAUAUACAGCCCUCAUGUUUGCUGCGCUUUCUGGCAAUAAGGACAUCACAUGGGUCAUGUUGGAAGCAGGAGCAGAGACAGAUGUUGUCAACUCUGUAGGAAGAACAGCUGCCCAGAUGGCAGCCUUUGUGGGUCAGCAUGAUUGUGUGGCUAUAAUCAACAAUUUCUUUCCUCGAGAGAGACUGGAUUAUUACACUAAACCCCAGGGACUGGAUAAAGAGCCCAAACUGCCUGCAAAGUUGGCUGGUCCACUGCACAAAAUCAUAACCACAACAAAUCUUCAUCCUGUCAAGAUUGUGAUGCUUGUGAGUGAGAAUCCUCUGCUUGCAGAAGAAGCAGCUCUCAAUAAAUGCUACAGGGUGAUGGAUUUAAUCUGUGAGAAGUGCAUGAAGCAAAGGGACAUGAAUGAAGUAUUGGCUAUGAAAAUGCAUUAUAUCAGCUGCAUCUUUCAGAAAUGCAUUAACUUCCUAAAAGAUGGAGAGAAUAAACUGGACGCCCUGAUCAAAAGCUUGUUGAAAGGCAGAGCUUCUGAUGGCUUCCCAGUGUAUCAAGAAAAGAUCAUCAGAGAAAGCAUUAGGAAAUUUCCCUACUGUGAAGCUACACUCCUCCAGCAGCUGGUGCGGAGCAUUGCGCCUGUUGAAAUUGGUUCGGAUCCCACUGCAUUCUCUGUACUUACGCAAGCUAUCACUGGUCAAGUGGGUUUUGUGGACGUUGAGUUUUGUACCACCUGUGGAGAAAAAGGAGCAAGUAAAAGAUGUUCAGUUUGCAAAAUGGUAAUAUAUUGUGAUCAGACCUGCCAGAAAACACACUGGUUCACACAUAAGAAGAUCUGUAAGAGUCUGAAGGAUGUGUAUGAGAAGCAGCGGUCGGAGGCAGCCAAAGAAAAGAGUCGGGAGGAAAACACUGGAAAAUUCGAAGUUAAUUCUAACUGUGUUAGUGAAGAUCAACCAGAGGCUGAACCUGGUAUCUCCCAAGAGGAUCUCGCUCCUCGUGAUUCUGUGGAAGGGGAGAAAGAGCCUGAAAGUGAGGCUGUGCUGGUGGGUGCACAGGAUGCUCCUGCAGGGCUGCAGCUGUCUGAGGAGUAAAAGCUGUCACAGCGGCCAGCAUGGGUGGUCCUCGUCCCAGCAGGGAGCUGAAGAACUUCUGAAUUACUUUCAUUGCUAUGACACCCGCAUGGUGCCCAAGCAGGAUUGCACAUCCCCAGAAUAGAGGCUUUCAAGCAAGGCUCUGUCUUCCCAUGCCCUGCCCUGGUUUCCUGUUUUCUGUUCUGUGAUUGAACAGGUAUUCUUACAGAAAAUAUUUUCUUUCAAAAUACAGGAAAAACAUGGCCAUUCUCUUUCUGAGGCUGGCUAUCCAGCAGUUGUUCUCAAAAGAAAAUCAUUUCCCUUAAAAAAGAAAUCUAGUUUCUAGGGAACAAAGAGAAAAGGGGGGCAGAUGUGAUGUUCAGGGGAAAAAAUAGCCACAGAUAUGGGCAGUCGGAAAAAGCGUAACUCUUCUGUGAAUAAGUACAGGCUGUACCGACGAAGGCGUGAUGAAUGAGGAAAGUUCUAUGUUGAGAACCGCUGCCAUGGUUCUUCCUAGAGUAGUUUUAAUAACACUAUCCUGAGCACUUUGAACCUUGUGUUCUUCCUGCAGUGAUGCUUGCUCUGUAGUAUUUGAACCUUCAGAAGUGUCAGAUCAUCAGAGAGAGGCAGAGCAUCUGUGGCAAAGGCAGUGUGUCCUGAAAUGCUGGUUAGUCCCCUACGCACACACUUCCUCUAACACUGUCUCAUCGCCAUACUCUACUCAAGGCUGACUCUCCACCAGCUUUCCAGGGCCUUCAUCCUGUCUAGAAACUGAUUUAUAACUGUCAUAAGAAUGUCCCAGACUGUGUUUUUAGCAUUUGUGGUAUUUAAGCAGACCUUGAGUUUGAUGCCUGAAGGUGGUGCCAUGUUUCAGUUCUUACGUUGGGUUUAAAAUAAAUUGUACCUACAUAAACAA